ACCGUUUUUCUGCCGAAGCAGUAAAUAUCAGUGAGCUAGCAGACACAGGGGGUCACACCGUUAAAUCCCGGUCCUCCACACGCCGAGCCAUGGCUCGCAUCUCGUAGCCAGCUGACCUCCCAGUUUUUGCCGGAAGUUGCUGGUUCCUUGAUGAAAGGAACGGCCGGUCAGAGAAAACAAAAAAACUUUACAAAUCUCGGAAAGCUACAUGAGCUAGCCUAGCAAGCUGAGUUGACGACAGGAGGAGGUUUGUUUGGCUUUUUCCUCUCUCUCUCCUCCACCUUUAUUUUUUUAUUUUUUGUUGCCGCGAUGCAAGGCGAGACUGCGGCGAUACGGGUGCUGGAUAACGAAACAAAAGUGGAUGCAUUCCCCCAAAACAGAACCCCGAGCUCGGGGAGAGCUAGUGCCAAGAGCUGGCAGUACAGCGAUCACAUGGAGAAUAUUGAUGGUUACCUGAUGAAAUACACCAAUCUAGUGACAGGCUGGCAGUACAGGUUCUUCGUGCUCAACAAUGAAGCGGGCUUGCUGGAAUAUUUUGUCAACGAACAGUCGAGGCAUCUGAAACCCAGAGGAACUCUCCCCCUGGCCGGAGCUGUCAUCUCCCCCAGUGAUGAGGACUCCCACACCUUCACGGUCAACGCCAUCAGCGGGGAGCAGUACAAGCUCAGGGCUUGCGAUGCCAAGGAGAGGCAGCAUUGGGUCAGCAGGCUGCAGAUCUGCACACAGCACCACACGGAGGCCAUGGGGAAGUGUAACCCCCCUCCCAAGUCACGCAGCUUUUCCACGGCGUCCCAAGGCAGCGGCAGCUCACCCAUGUCUUUGCGCCGGCCUAGCCAAAACCCCACCUCCCUGUUCAGCUGGUCACAGGCCCAUAAGGGCUCGUCGGUGUACUCAAGCAAGAGAUCGCUGUUGCCUGACCACCUGAUUGAAGCCAGAGAGAUGAUGAACCAGGCCCAAGUCCAACACAGAGAUCUGAUCCAGAGCAUAGAGGGCCUCCCGGCGGCCCCCAGCCUUUCCCCCCUGGACCAGGAUCUGCUGAUGCUUAAGGCCACCUCCAUGGCCACCAUGAACUGCCUCCAUGAGUGCCUGCACAUCCUGCACCUGCAGCAGGUAGCCCGACAGAGAAGCUCUUUGGGAGGUCCCACCAUCGAGUGGCUGGAGCCCAAAGUGCCAGACAUCCUGAAGAACGGCAGCAGCUCCCUAAGCAGCUUUGCACCUGGGGAGGGCCCGCUGGAGGGGGCAGCACUGGAGCUAAACAGCCCCGAGUCCUGCAGCUUCUCUGGGGAGCAGGAGGAGAUCGAUCCAGACGAUGAGGUGGAGGACUCCUUCACGGACAAGGAGGAAGACCUGUGCGCCGUGGAGGAGGAGCGCAGCGUCAUCCUACACCUGCUGUCGCAGCUGAAGCUGGGCAUGGACCUCACACGGGUGGUCCUCCCUACUUUCAUCCUGGAGAAGCGCUCCCUGCUGGAGAUGUACGCCGACUUCAUGUCUCACCCGGAACUCUUCACCGCCAUCACAGACGGCGACAGCCCAGAGAAGCGCAUGGUCCGCUUCGUAGAGUACUACCUCACCUCCUUCCACGAGGGCCGCAAGGGCGCCAUUGCCAAGAAGCCCUACAACCCCAUCAUUGGCGAGACCUUCCACUGCUCCUGGCAGGUUGCCAGAGGGGAGGACACCACCGGGGAGUCCCCGCAGGUUAACUCAGAGCCUGUGGCCUCCCAGGAGCCAUACCUGCUGCGCUUUGUGGCAGAGCAAGUAUCCCAUCAUCCCCCUGUGUCUGGCUUCUAUGCUGAGUGCCAGGAGAAGAAAAUGUGUGUGAACACGCACGUGUGGACCAAGAGCAAGUUCAUGGGGAUGUCUAUUGGUGUCUCCAUGAUAGGGGAAGGCUGCCUCCAUUUGCUGGAGCAUGACGAAGAGUACACCUUCACUCUGCCGUGUGCCUACGCUCGCUCCAUCCUCACCGUGCCCUGGGUGGAGUUGGGAGGCAAAGUCAACAUCAACUGCGCCAAAUCUGGCUACUCGGCAGUCAUCACCUUCCACACCAAACCCUUUUACGGCGGCAAGUUACACAAGGUGACUGCAGAAGUGAAGCACAACCCAACAAACAUGGUGGUGUGCCGAGUCCAAGGCGAGUGGAACGGCAUUCUGGAGUUCAGCUGCACUAGUGGUGAAACCAAAGUGGUGGAUGUCACCAAGCUGCCCGUCACCAAGAAGCGAGUCCGACCCACGGAGAAGCAAGGGCCCACUGAAUCCAGGCGUCUGUGGCAGCACGUGACGGAGGCGCUACGGCAGAAGGACAUUGAGAAAGCCACAGAACACAAGAGGCUUCUCGAGGAGAGGCAGCGGACGGAGGAGAGGCACCGCGCUGAAACGGAGACGCCGUGGAGGACCAGACACUUUGACAAAGAGGGUGAAGCCUGGCUCUAUCACAAACCACUUUGGAAAAACUCUGCAUUCCAGUCUUAGUUUCUUUGCGCUUCAGUUCAGAUUUCAAGGAUUUAGGAACCAGUCAAAUUGAAGAAAUGAAAACGAUAUGCAGCAGGAGAGGAGGAAGAGACAAACAACCGGAGGUCUUCACGCUCACCAAGCCUCCAACUACAAAGCAAUGUACGGCUGGUCAGGUUCUUUGAAAUAAUCUAUUGAUGAAAACAGCCUUAAGACGGUUUGAUGAAUGGCACUCGACCUGAGGAUGCUCUUUUUUUUUCUUUUUUUUUUUUUUAAAGCUGUGUGCUCUGAUUUCAGAGCAGUCCCUUCACAACUGCAGCGCUGCCUUUUCUCAGGCUGGGAGACAAUUUUAAAGAUGCUGUUACCUUUCUCAAGUCAGUCAAAAUAAAUUGCUUUUGAUUCUAUAUUAUGCAUAUUUCAAGUCCAAAUGAAGUGGUCAACAGAAAACUUGGCAAAGCUGCUUUAGCGGGUGGAGACAUUGAUCUGUCCUCCUCCCCUCUCUAAUCAAAAAAUUCAAAAUGUUUUUUGUUUCAAGGGAUAGCUCAAAAAUUUAAUUAUUGUCCUAAUUUCAUUUUCUUUUCCAGUUUAGGACCUUUUCUCACUGUUUAUCAACUGUCUAAAAUACCCCUCCAAAAAAGUUCAAAAUGUCUUAACAAGAAUUUAAUAUCCUAAAAAUGGAUCUCAUUUAAAAAAAAAUUGCGCAAUAUAUGCAGCACCACCCAUCUGAAAAAUCGUCUUUUUUCCCUUACAAUAUGCAGUACACAUGCAAGAGAAUAAUAUGCAUUUGUUCACAAAAUGUAUAUUUUUAUCACUUCCCCCGCACUAUGUAUUAUAAUCAUACAAUUUUUGAAAACGGCAUUUAAAAAAAAUACUUUAUGCACAUCAUAAGUAUGACAUAACUGAUUCAUUUACAAAACUAAAGUUACAAUAAACUCCUGGUGAUAAACUUGUGACAAAUGGCUUAUAAAAUUGAUUUAAUUUCAGUAAAAUAUUGGUGAUAAACAUGUAAUAAAGGGUUUAUAACUUGAAUUUAAAUUCUUUAAGAAGUGUACAUAUAUCAGUUAUUACAUGUUUCAGUUAUACAUACUGAGCUGUUCAUGUCCGUGCUCUUUUAACCAAAUGCCGUUUACAUUGGAUUUUUACUGUUUCCCUCAUUUUUGUCAUAAAUAACAAAUUCAUAAAAUUGUUUAAAAAAACAUUUCAGUUGUUGGUAUAGAGGCCGUCGACAGGAUGAAAUGUGUAUUCCUCACACUGCUGGAGAAGCAUGCCUUAAAUCGGGUGAAAUAAAUGUAAAAAACGGAACGAAAAAGGUGAACUUCUGGAUCUGCUUUAUUUCAAAUUCUGAAUGUAGGACAAAAGUUCAAUUUUAUUUUUUUCACGGAAUGCAGAUGCGUAACAAUUGAAUGCGUUUUUCUCUUCUAUCCUGCGAUUUUAAAUGCUCUUAUUUUUUAGGGCAAGUGUCUUUCUUUCUUUUUUUUUUUGUUAGGUUUAAUCACUCUAUUUUUUUUUAAUCCCCUUUGAAAAUAGAUUUUAGCCUCUCAAUGCCCCUAACUAAAAACUGUUAACUUCACUCCGCCAUCGAUAAGCUAACCCCUCCCUUUAUUGGUGCCUUAUGCAACUCUAUACAGUCUUAUCAGUUACUUACAAGACCGAUGCAAAGAUGAAUUUACUGUUUUGGUGUGAUUAUUCAUUUCCUUUCUUAAGAAUCCGUGCUUAAUUUAAGAGAAAUCGAUUGAGCACUUUUAAUUUGUUCUUUUUUUAUUCUAUUGGUUGUCUUGCUGACCUGUAAAUGCACUGAUGUUAAAAGUAACCUGAUGUUGUACAAAGAUGGGUGUGUGAUAAUAAUUAAAGUUGUGUAUCGGUUGGAAGA